GCCCCGGCCCGGCCCGUCCCGGCCUGGCCCGGCUCGGCCUGGCCCGGCCACUUGUAGCCGCUCCGCCGGGGCGCGCUCCGCUGGGACGCGCUCCCCGCUCGCGGGCACCGGGGCGCCAGGAUGAAGGACCGGCUGGAGCAGCUGAAGGCCAAGCAGUUGACGCAGGAUGAUGAUGCAGAUGAGGUGGAGAUUGCCAUUGACAACACGGCCUUCAUGGAUGAGUUCUUCUCUGAGAUUGAGGAAACUCGGCUCAACAUUGACAAGAUCUCGGAGCAUGUGGAGGAAGCAAAGAAACUCUACAGUAUCAUUCUCUCUGCACCAAUCCCAGAGCCCAAAACCAAGGAUGACCUUGAGCAGCUCACAGGAGAGAUCAAGAAAAGGGCCAACAAUGUCCGGAACAAAUUAAAGAGCAUGGAGAGGCACAUCGAGGAAGAUGAGGUCCGGUCGUCAGCCGACCUUCGGAUUCGGAAAUCCCAGCACUCCGUCCUCUCCCGGAAGUUUGUGGAAGUGAUGACCAAAUACAACGAGGCUCAGGUGGACUUUCGUGAACGCAGCAAAGGGCGAAUCCAACGGCAGCUUGAAAUAACUGGCAAAAAGACAACAGAUGAGGAGCUGGAGGAGAUGUUGGAGAGUGGCAACCCUGCCAUCUUCACUUCUGGGAUCAUCGACUCUCAGAUUUCCAAGCAAGCCCUCAGUGAGAUUGAGGGCCGGCACAAGGACAUUGUGAGGCUGGAGAACAGCAUCAAGGAGCUCCAUGACAUGUUUAUGGACAUCGCCAUGCUGGUGGAGAACCAGGGGGAAAUGUUAGAUAACAUAGAGUUGAAUGUCUUGCACACAGUGGACCACGUGGAGAAGGCCCGGGAUGAAACAAAAAGAGCUGUGAAAUAUCAGGGUCAGGCCCGGAAGAAAUUGAUCAUUAUCAUUGUAGUAGUAGUUGUGUUGCUGGGUAUUUUAGCAUUGAUUAUUGGCCUUUCCGUUGGGCUGAAAUGAGUGGCCGGAGGGGCUCUGGCACUGAAAUGUUUGUGGCUGGUUCCUCCUGUGUUCCUCACCGUCGGCCUGCACACUGACCAGCUCCUCCUCUCCCUGCCUUAGAACCUGAUUUCACUCCAGCCUGCUAUGACCACCCUUGUCUUCAGAUAGGAAUGGCCCUCCUGAGAGUACGGGGGACCUGCUCCUCGGUUUCCUUGUAACCAGCCUUGGACCUGACUCAGCGAUCUAGUCCUGAUGGAACUGAGUCUACUUGUGGCAACCCUAGGCUCUCCUCAAAAUCACAUCCUGCCCCAGCACCUUCAGUACCUUCCUUCCUGGAUUGUGUGAACCAGCCCGUCUUUCCUUUUCCCUGUGGCGUGUCAAAUUAUGCCUUAGACCUGGGCAGGCUCUUGUGCGACAUCCCGGGGCGCUGCGUUUCUACCUCAUGGAGUAUUCUCCCAGAAAUUGCAAUGUAUUUUUUUUUUGAAAGGCGUAUCUUUAACAAAGCAGAGGAUUCUCCUACUUUUGGCAUAAGUUUGGAUUAGAGACUUCUACCUAGUGGGGUUGCAGUCCUCACAGCUGGUUGUCAUAUCCAGAUGUGUCUAAGUUUGCUCACUGCCCUGAGUCCCUGAAAGCAGGAGGGACUGACAGAUGCCAUUUUGGUCUGAAAAGUUGUUUGUCAGACUUGUUUGGAACUCAACCUUUAAAUUCAGCUUUGGGACCAAUCUGAUCUUUUUUCUACAUUGCGUUCUGUCGUGUUCACUCAAAGAGGGGCCAGGAUUGACGUAGUCAUCUGAUGUUACUGUGUGCAAAGGCUGAGGGGUGGAAUGUUGGUUUCUAUGUCUGAUUGUUAGAAAUCAGCUGUUCCCUCUUGGUGAAGCCAUUGCUUCGAGGCCAAUAACCAGGGAUGUGAACAUGGGCUGAGGACAAGGUGCUAGAGUCUCAGACCCUGGAAAUGUCUCACGAGACCAUACAAGUCAUUCAAUCACUCCAACAUUCCAGGUUUAUUUUUAUAAUUGUGUGUGGAAUGUAUAUAGAAUAUGUGUCUAUUUCUCAGGAACUAGGAAGCUAGAAGUGGAAGGUACUAUGUCCUAAA